UCAGAAUAAGAAAUUUAGGUACUCUGUGGCAGUAGUGACAGCUUACAUUCUUGAUAUUAUUGUUUGUUUAUACAUUUUUGCAAAAUUACCAAAACCAAAACACAAUAAAAAUAUGUUUGCAUCCAAAUUCCGAUUGUUAAAUUCACAAGAACCAACCGAAGAAAUAUCUUGGUCUUCAAGCGAAUCGAGUGACUACGAAAAUGUGUCCAACAGUGAAAGAUUUUGUAACAUAACCAACAAAAAUAUCUAUCGAAAGAGAAAACGCAAAAACAAAGCUAUGAAGAACAUUUCCAAUUUAGACGUGACCAUAAUCGAUGUGCCGAGAGAACAGAACCCCUCAGCCAUCUUGGAAAAAUCUCCGAUUAUUAGCAGAAAAUCAGAAAAGUCUACUUUACUGUCUCCCAUACUUAAAUGCUCUCCAAAAUAUUUUCCUCCUUUCAGGGCUAGUAAAGAAUGUUCAUCACCUACAACUCUGUCUUUAAAGAGCCCUAUACUGAAAUCUAAACAUGCUAGUCCUAUUGUACCUAUGAAAAAGAUAAAGAAAAGACUCUUUAACCAUUCAAAGCAUGAGUCCAGAAUAGACAAUGUAAAUGAUUUAGAAGCCGAAAGAAAGUCUCCUAUUUUUGGAGCUAAAACAACGGAAAUGCCAAAACAAGGAAUAACAGUUGAGCUAGCCAUGGAUAAUCUAAAUGAUAAAGAAGGUAAUUUUGAUGAUAAUGUUGAAAUCACAAAAUGUGAAAAACAUAAUGAAACGGACAGAAUGAGAAAUUCUAAUAAUACUAAUUUGAAUAAAGAUAUUUCCCUGAAUUCCAGCCAAAAUACCAGCUUAGAUGACAGUCUAUUGCUGAAAACUAACCAUGACUCAGAACUUGUAAAGAAAGUGAAAUCGUUCUUCGAUUGCCAAUUUAGUUCAGAGAACCCGUCUCAACAUUCCAUAGUAGAGACGCAGACACCAACUGAAGUUGAUACGAAAUCAGUAGAAGAUAUUGAAAUCAUCAGCUCAUUGACACAAGCAACUAAAAGUAACAAAACAAGUUUUGAAUCAAUAAUUUCAAAUCCUGUUAGCAAAAAUGGUUCCACAGAGAGUUAUGAAGCAGAUUUUUGUGUGGAGAAGUCUAAAAAGAUGAGAUACAAGAAAGAUGGCUUAGCAUACAGGUUGAAUACACUUUUGAAAAAGCAAGUGGCUAAUAUUUCGCUCUGGCAACACGAAAAAUAUUUGGCAGAAAAUUCAAGUUUCGUUAUUCCAAAAGCAGAGUUCAGUAUGUUUCGUAUAAAAGAAUGUAAUUUCAAAUACGGGUGUUAUUUGUUAGAAACUGUUGAUCAAAAUGAUGAUAGUGUUUUCAUAUUAAUUAAUGGUAAUUGUUUAAGCAGAUGUAAACUAAGUGAAGAUUGUAUUUUUAAGCUUUAUCAGCCUUAUAUUGUUUUAGAUUUCGACGUUAAAUCAAAACUCAUACUAAAUGUGUGUAAGUUUGAGUGUGUUUCAUAUUUAUAAUAAUUAAUAAAAUGAACUACGAGCAAUGUUUAUGACAAUAAUAAAAAGUUAACCAUUAUUUAUAUAUCAUGUUUUUUUUCAUUUUUAUAUCUACUAUUGUGAGAGAUUUUUAUAUCUACUAGUGUGUCGUUUUUAUGAUGAUUUUUUUGGAGCAUGGUACUGCAUCUAGCGCAUAAAUUAUUUACCCAUGAAUUCAUCUUCUUUUUUACACAUGGCCAGACUACAUAACUUAUAUCUCAGAAAAAGGAACAAAAUUGAAACUUCUAAAAGGUUUUUUCUUAUGGCAACACCGAUAAAGUUUUUCAGAAGCUUUUCCACUGAAUUUCAGUCAAGUCAGUCGAUAUUUCCUCCAAAGCUUUGUAGAACGUAUUUUAUUGAAGAUUAAGCUUCUCUCUUGGGAGAACAUUCAAAUAUAGAACUCACACGGUUAACAGUUAACUUCUGCUAUUUAAAUACAAUACACGUUCAAAAUAAGAUACCUAGAUGGUUAUUUAAUAAUGUUCAGUGAAAGAACUAGUAUUUGUUUUGCAAAAGCAUGGGUUAUGUAUUGAUUUCGUUUUUGGCUUACUAAGAUCCCUACAACAGCCUGUUAUAAAUUAUAAUAAUGACAUCAAGAAAAGAUUUGGUGUUUCUGAACAUCAUAAUUCUUCUAUCAAUAGUCUCCACAGUUCACAGCAUUGACUGUUUCAAAUGUGUAUCAAUGAACGGUAAAUUCGCGGCGUGCGACGACCCGUUUCACAACAAUCAUUCGUUGGCGAUGCUGGAAUCUCCGUGCAUGGGCGGCAGGAAGGGCAGGGACGGGCUAUUUCCAGCCACCUCAUGCAUCAAAAUCAAUGGCGUGUUUGGUGAGUGGGUAUUAAUGCACUCUCUUUGUUUUUCCUGAAAAUUGAGGAAUUCCAAUUAGUUAGUAUGUAGGUAGUUUAUCUAAACAGUAGUUAAGCCAAAACAAACUUUGCAUUUUUCACAGCAAAAUUACACUGAAGAAAGUAUGGCAAAUAUAAGUACACUACGGUUCUAAAUUUUGAAAGUACCUAUAAUUUACUUUCAAAAUUUAGAACCGUAGUGUACUUAUAUUUACCAUUAAUUAAUAAUGUACACAGGGCAACAUGUAGGUAGUUAAGUACUUACAUGGUACAUGUAUCUAUUGAGUCAAGACCAAGAAAACGCCAAUGGAGCUCAACUUAAUAUUUGGGCAAAUGUUAAAUUGAUGUCGGUAACUUUAUUUAAGCACUAAGUAGUCUAUUCAAUAAAUAAUUUAUAUAUUUAACAUUAAAUUAAAUUAAUCAUACUUAAACGAAAUUACAAGAAUUACCUAGGUCCUACUUGCAAAAUAGCUAUCUUUUUUUUUAAUUUCCUGACUGUAGGUAGGUACCUAACUACUUUGCAGAGCAUGGAGGCAAUAAACCAAAUCCACUUUACAGAUGACACCGGCGAGACAAUAACGGUGAGGGGAUGUGGGCUGGACUCAGGCACUGUCACCACUGACACUGAAAUUAUCAGGAUGUCGCACUGCGGCCGUUUUUACUACAAUGAUAGAUAUGUCCACGGAUGCCUCCAGUCGUGCAAUGACGCAGAUGCGUGCAAUUCCUCACCCUCUAUACAAACAAACAAUAUACCUAUUCUCAUAGGUAUAUUGGCAUUUCAGAUGAUCAACGCAAUGUUCAAAAGCUAACAGACUUAAUAUCACAUUAAGUAUCUAGAUAAAAAAAGCUCUGGCAAUUGGGACGCAUUAGGUUAAUUUUCACGCUUUUUGUAUGAAAAAAAAUUGAAUGAAACUAUGUAAGUAUACACGACACAUAAUUACCGGGUACCUAACUACUUAUUGAUGUUAAGAAACAACUAUUCGACUAGAAUACAAUCUAUGUAUUUACCUAGGUAUUUGUAAGUCAUUCAUAAAUUAUUGCUUGUUCAUUAUUAAUAGGUUAAGUACGUACAGAAGAGGAUUUUUUAAAUAACACAUUCUAACUCAAUAAGUUAUUUUAACAUUUUCUUAAAUAUCUCUUUACACGCUUUAGUACCUACAUAUCAGGGCCAUGUUUGAGUCUUUAUAAGUAUUAAACAGGUACAUAGGAGUUAGGGGCACAUGAUUGCACUUGCUUUGACUAGUUGCAGUGGAGAAGACUUAAUCAAAAAUAAAUGUCCACUAAGUUAAAUCUAAAUAAGUUAACUAAGUCAUAUUAUAGAGCAGUAAUAACGUACGGCAUAAUCAAUUUAGUUAAGUAUAAGUAAGUGGUUAUCUACUUUUCUGCCUAAUUUUGACUUACGUAAGUACGUUUAAUAUCCUGGAAAACAUUGAAAUAUAUAAUAUAGAUAAUAUAAGAAGCUUGUCUUUAUAUAAAUGCAUAAUUAUAUUUA